AUGCGAUUGCGACGGCUUCUUGGGCUCUUCGUGGUCCCCCUCGCGGUGGCGCCGUCGCGGCUGCCGCUGCCACAAUUCCGCCUCGAGGAUCUUGUCGCGUACCGUAGUGAGAUGCUACUGGCCUGCGGCUGCAGCGUCAACGGACUCGCGGCCCGCGUGCUGGCGCUGGCGCGGGACGGCGAUCUGCGCUGGUCGGUCGAGAUACCGUCGACGAUCGCGCACACGCACGACGCGUGCGCCACGAGUCUCGUGGUCGCGAGCGAUGGGAGUAUUUACACCACGGGCUACCACGCCAACGCGACGCAAACGACCUUGUUUGUCGCGAAGCUCUCUCUCGCUGGCGCCGUCACGUGGGUUCGGCGGUUCGGGGACGAGGGCAAGCACCAUGGGCUCGGCGUGACGGUCACGCUGGAUGGCAGCAGGCUCUACGUCGUGGGCACAUCGAACGGGAUCCUGGCGCGCGAUCGCACGCAUGGAGACGACAUGGUCGUAUUGCAGCUGCGAGCUAGCGACGGCGACACUGUGUGGGCACGGCUACUCGACUCGGACAACCACGGGGACGACCAAGCGUUCAGUGUUCGCGUCGACGCGGCGGGGCAUGUUUACCUCGUCGGUCAAACCAACGGCCGCUUUGAGACGACCGACAGCGGCGCAGUGGGCGAUGCACUCCACGACGGCGACCUCGUCGUGCUUUCUUUGGACACCCACGGCCGCCGCCGCUGGACGCGACAACUGCACACGACCGACGCCGACGGGUGCAGUGACGACGUGAUCUACGACCCACAACAAAGCCAUCGCCGUUGCGGCCUUGCAAUGACCGCAUCGACCGUCCUUGUCGUGGGUUCGACCGCCGGCACGGCCUUCUUACACCCGAUGCAGUGGCCGCCCGACGACCAAUCGACGCCGUGCACCUCUCCGCGCUGCCUUAACACAGUACUGGUGCAGCUACACCUUGAAAAUGGCGCGGUCGGCUGGACGAACCAACUGGUCUUGGACGACUUGAACGUUGGUCAACGCAUCCUCGUCGAGAUGGAUGAUACCGACACGGUCACGGUCGUUGGCACGUUGCGAGAGCGCGACGACGGCGAUCAGCCGCAUGGUCUACCGGCGCAGUUUGCCGCCGCGACGGGCACGCAUCGGCGAGUCUGGACGACGGCUCCUGGCAUCCAUGUCGCGGCGGUGGGAUGGACCCCGGGCACCUUUCUUGUCGGUGCCACGACGUUCAAUGCCUCGUACCUCCAAGUGCGAUCGACGCGCGAUGUCACGAUGACGCUUCCGUUCUGCACCAACCACGUGUCGUUUGCGGCCGCGGUGACGUACGUCUCGUCCAGCAACUGGACGGAAUUGAACCCAAUUGCGAUUGCAAUCCGUCGGCACACGGCGCCGCUCUGCCCCGCGUCGACCACGGUGCGCUACACGAUCUCGUCCGCCGACGUCGGGCAACCGUUUACGCCGGCGUCGCCCCACAAGGCAUUUGUCCCCGUCACGGGCGACGUGCGCCUCGAUGCGCUCAACCCGACGAUCUUCGUGCAGCUGGCGGCGAAGCCACCUUUGGAUCUGCAACCAGCGUCGGCGUUGACCGUCACGCUGCACGCGAGUGACGACGGCAGCACAAGCGUUCAAGACCCAGCAACGCACAUGAUUGUGCUCCUGGGGACGCCAACUGCAGAACCAACGGCAGUACAGGUCCAGGGCGAGGCCCUCGUCGUGCUCUGCGUCGUUCUCUGUGUCUUUGGCGGCCUCGUACGGCGCGUCUGCGAUGGCAGCUCCGGUCUCUUUAGCGGCGUGCAGUACCGCCACGUGGAAGAGGCGCCAGGAGAGCGCCACGUACCACUCAACCAUCACUUGCAGCUGCUGCGUGGCGACGCCGCGGCCGUUGGUCACCAUCCGAGCGUCCACGAAGGCCAUGGGGCCGUUCGACCUGCCAUGCUGGCGUCGCCGGGCCGGUCUGCCAAGCCCAAAUGCAAGCGGGCUCGGCGGUCGGCGCUGCUGCCGCAAGCAUCGUCGCCACGGGCUACCAACGACUGAGACUUCGAGAAAUUUCAACAUGCGACCGUUCUCGUGCGAUCCUUGGAAUACAAUGGCGCCAGUUUAAUAUACCUUGG